AUGGGUAAAAAGGAAAAGCGGAAGGACGAAGCAGCCGCUACCUAUGACGAAUUCAUAAAAAAGGUCAGAGAAGGCAUUUCUUCUCAUGGAAAGGAGUUUCUGCUCCAAAUACAUGAGAAGCUCAAUGCCUUUGAUGAGCUCUAUACUGAAGAAGAUGACCAGCAACAAGAAAAUGACGAUCAACAAGAAGAAGAGGAUCAAGAACAGCCAGCAAGAGAACUAGAGGAUCAAGAACAGCCAGCAGAAGAACAAGAGGAGGAAAAAGAAGCUCUACUGUCCGAUUUCGAGGACUUAGACGACAUCGCCAAAACCAGACAAGUCAUUGUGGAUAACAAUGACGCCGAAAUGAUCGAUGCCGGACAAGAACCACCGAAAGCCCAGCCAGAAUCUGCCUUUAUCAAGGUGAUUCGAAUUAAGAGGAAGAGGAAGCCAGCAGCCAUGUCUUCUGAGCAAUUGGAGGCCAAGAAACCAACCCCGUCGACACCACCACCAACGCCAACUCCAUCAGCCGCAGUUGUACCAACCACCUCAUCAGCCCCAGCAACCCAAAUGGACUCAGCCGCAGCAACUACCCGGAAGACAUCAAGGACAACCACCACCAUGGAAGGAACAUCUAGGGAGAAGCUUAUGCCACCCAUUGUCUGCUUUAAAUUGAAUGUCGCAGAGCUCAACCGUGUAACCGAGUACAACAAUUUUGUUGUAGAACUGGACAAGGACUGCGACAUCCCAGCAGUCUUCAAGAAAACACUACUCCUGAACCAGAAAAUCCAUUGGAAAAAUUCAGGUCUACCACCAUCACCCAGUGCAAGAACUGCCAGGCGUUUGGACAUGUUGCCAGCAACUGUGGCAUGCGGUACAGAUGCGUCAAAUGCAAGGACCAGCAUUUACCAGGAGAGUGCCCAAGGACGAAGAACAACACGAAGGAUGACAAUGUUUACUGCGUAA